CCGUGGAGGUAGCAUCCCGCGCGCCGCUCUCCGCAGCCUCCCGUUCGAACGCCUGGAUCGCCCGCGCGCCCUUCUGUGUCGCAUUUGCACGCCUCGUCGCGGUGCCGUCGGAGGCUGGAGGUGACUCGCCUCCUGCGGGCGUGAGCAGGAACCGGAUUUUGUUAAGAAACGUGUCCUCCCGGAAGGUUGGCUCUGAGGAUUACCUUGGUCUUGGAUCAGGAUAGGAUAACAGAGAUCUUGCAUACGUCCAGUGCUCGUGGUUGGAAAGGAUGGGUGGGCGGCCCUGAGGACACGGCUCCCGUGGAGGGCGAGGCAUGGCUCGGCUCCUGACGCGGCCACAGCUCGCUUUGCUCUCGCCCGUGGAGGAGCCUCUCGACGCCCCGGACCGUCGUACUUUGUAGGUGGUGUGACUCGCUCCUUCGCAAGCAUGAGGGCGGCCUGGAUAUGGGUGGGCGUGGUGGUGGUGGGCCUGCUAGUGGUCGUGGGCGAGGGCGAGGCGAGGAGCGAGAUGCCCCAGAAGACGCCCACCAUCAACACCAAGUACGGGCAGCUGCGGGGCUUCUACCGCAACGUGAGCGGGUACGGGCUGCGGGUUGCCACGUACCUGGGCGUGCCCUACGCCACCCCGCCCGUGGGGGCCAAUCGCUUCAGCCCCACCCGCACGCUGUCCCAGUGGGUAGGGCUGCAUGAGGCGUCCAACUUCGGGCCGGCGUGCCCCCAGCGCCUGCCCGACAUCAGCAACGAGACGGCGGCGCUGCAGAAGAUGUCCCGCGGGCGCCUCAACACCCUCAAGUACUACCUCCCGGUGCUCAGGAGGCAGAGCGAGGACUGCCUCUACCUCAACCUCUACGUCCCGGAUGCAGAUAUUGGAAGGGGUCACCGAAAAUACUCGAGCGCGGAGAAGGUGGCGUACCCGGUGGUGGUGUACGUGCACGGCGAGUCGUACGAGUGGGGUUCGGCCAGCCUGUACGACGGCUCCGUGCUGGCGGCGCUCGGCAGGCUCAUCGUCGUCACCAUCAACUACAGGCUGGGCAUCCUGGGCUUCUUCAACCCGAACGUGGACCCCCUGGGGCGCGCCACGGUGGCCAACUACGGCCUCAUGGACCAGCUGGCGGCGCUGCACUGGGUCCAGGAGAACAUCGUGCGCUUCGGCGGCGACCCCGGCCACGUCACCGUCAUGGGCCACGGCACCGGCGCCGCCUGCCUCAACUUCCUCGUCAUCUCGCCCGCCGCCGCAGGCGCAGGCCUGUUCAAGCGAGCCAUCCUGAUGUCGGGGUCGGCGCUGAGCCCCUGGGCCGUGGUGCAGGAGCCCGUGUACUACGCGGUGCAGGCGGCGCGGCAGCUGGGCUGCGAGGUGCCGGACGACCUGUACCGCCACUACGAGACCCUCCUGCACUGCCUCAGGGACCGGACCGUCGACCAGAUCCUGCAGGUCGAGCUCGAGACGCCGCAGUUCCUGUCGGCCGUCGGGCCCAGCGUCGACGGGGUCACCAUCAGGCACGACUGGAAGCAGAUUCACACGAAGAUGGGCCAGGAGCACCGCACGCCCGUCGACCUCCUCUUCGGCGUGACGGCCACCGACGUCCUUCAGAUCUUCAGCGACGCCGAGAUCCGGCACGGCUUCGAGGCUGACCAUCGGGACCGCCUCCUCCGCACGUUCGUCACCAACAACUACCGAUAUCACCUUCAGGAGAUCGUGUUGGCCAUCACCGCUGAGUACACGGACUGGUCGCGGCCCGUGCAGCAUCCGGUCAACAUCCGGGACCUGACGGCGGAGGCGCUGCACGACGCGGCGCUCGUGUCGCCCGUCACCGUCGCCGCCAACCAGCUGUACACCGCCGCCAGGGCCGCCUACUUCUACGUCUUCGACCACCGGCCGGAGGAACCCGACCCGGAGGUAGGAGGGGCUGCAGGGGAGUGA